UCCGUUUGAUCCCGCUGUGAUCUCACUGUUGUCGCUGUGCAGUGGAGGCGUUUUUUUUUUUCCUGUGUGCAGCCAACCGCAAGAAAUGGAUGUGUUCCUAAUGAUCCGACGUCACAAGACGACCAUCUUCACAGAUGCCAAAGAGUCUACCACAGUCUAUGAACUGAAGCGCAUUGUGGAAGGCAUUUUAAAGAGGCCACCUGAAGAUCAGAGGCUUUAUAAGGAUGAUGUACUGCUUAAUGACAGUCAGACUCUUGGCAACUGUGGCUUCACAAAUCAAACAGCCCGACCUCAGGCCCCAGCCACGGUGGGAUUAGCUUUUCGUCUGGGUGAUGAUUCAUUUGAGCAGCUGAGGAUCGAGCCCUUCUCCACUCCCCCAGAGCUCCCUGACGUCAUGAAGCCCCAGGACUCGGGCAGCACAGCCAAUGAGCAAGCUGUACAGUGAGGGAGGGAGCGGGUAAAGGAGAGGGACACACAGGGGGUCUGAGGGAGGACGUACGGGGGGGAGGGAAGGGCUGAAUUUGGGGAAGUGAUGCCUCGAUGGGUGAGAUUUUCUUACCCAUCUUCAGCUGGGCAUAAACAAUUACAAACAUGGAUUCCCCUUGUUGUAAAUGUGAGGGCGGGUGCUUCAAAGUGGUUCAUUUGUCCUGAAAUCGGAGAACGCAUGCUAAAUUGAUACUUUCACACAAGACCCUUCAGAGAUACCUGACGGACUUGUCAUGACACUGUCAGUCAUCCAUGGGAUUGGUAAAGGCUGAACAUAAAGAAUUGUACCUCGUAUUUAAUGAAUUCUAGUCUUUAUUUGGGGUAAGGCUACUGCUGCCUUACUUGUGUUUUUUAUUUUGCUCGCUUAAACAAGGGAGUUGAUAAGGUGCAACAUUUUUAGGCUUUUAUGUUUGUGUGUUUCUUUAUUAAACUGUUACUAGGAUUUAACAUGUUUUUGGUCCUUGGCUUGGAUAUGUGUUGCGACAAUAGCUAGGAAUUUGUGAAUUCCUACGUUACUAUAUGUAUUUCAAGAACUUUUGAACAAUAUGAAUCUGAAAUAAAAUAGAUUCACUUGUUGGCA